CACAGGGACUGUGGCACCCGCGCGUCAAUGCCAACACCUCCGCAGUCUUCACCGUGGACAGGACGCGCCACUACCUCUCCCUCGCCUCCAUGUUCGGCCCCUCCCCCGACUGGGUGGUGGGCGUGAGCGGGCUGGAGCUGUGCAACAGAGACUGCAGCUGGGCGGAGAGCAAGACCAUCGACCUGUUCCCCUACGACGCCGGCACCGACAACGGCAUCUCCUACAUGUCGGCGAACUCUGAAACGAUUCCCCGCGAGAAGAUGUACCGCAUCACGACGAUGUACCCGGAGGACCCGCGCGCGCCCUUCUACAACCCCGGGGGAGAGCUGCGGCCCAUGGCGCGCCUCUACCUCACGCGGGAGAGCCUGCUGCCGCGAGGCUGCGACGAGGACACGCUGCAGGCCCUGGUGGUCGAGGAGGCCGAGAACACGCAGGCGGUCAAUCGCCGUUAG